AUGGUGGAGGUCCUCUCUGCUCGUCCGCCUACACCCCCAAGGACAGCUUCGCGCAUCGUGAUUGAAAACACCGAGUCACCACUAGCCGUUCAAACACCCAAGGAGUCACCAUUUUCUGCGCUGGGGUCCGUGGAAGCCGGUCCGUCCAGCCGCAGUUCGAAGAAAGUGAAUUUCUCGCCAUGGCCCAAGUACAUCAAACCACCAACCUUUGCUAGUGCCAUGAAAUCGGCCCCCGACUUCAAGACUAUCCCUCCGUCCCCGAACUCCAAGCCUACGAAGUCGAUCUUGAAAGCAACCCAGUCGCCAAUUCCCGUUUGGUCACCUAAUGUCGAUACAUUCACAACCGAAUCGCUCGCCAUGCUGCUCGAAUCGGUCAUCCAACAACUGGCAGGCGAGUCGAUGAGCUCCCGACGCGAUGCCUACAUGCAAUUCUUUGGCGCGCUACGCACGUACGAUGGGCUUCCGGCAGGUCAGAAGAUUACCGAAAAAUUGAAUCUUAUCACCGAGUUUAUUCAGCGAGAUGUGAAUCGGGACCUUGCGAACGGCUCCCCUCUCGACACGAAUCUUGCCAGUCAGGCUCUGAAAUUGUCAGCUGCAUUCGUUUGGCAUCCGGAGAUUUCGACACAGCUUUCGGAUGAGUUCAAAAUCUUUCUGGUCGACCACUCCAUCACUUGUCUCUAUGAGGCCAAGGCCCCGAAGUCCGUUUUGACGCACUACAUGUCCAUAUUGUCUACUCAAAACUUUGGCCCCAAGAUUAUGAACGGUGCUCGUGUAGCCCGUCUUUUAUCGGUACUACAAGAAAUCACCAACAAUAUCAGUGGCAACUCAAUUGUUUCCUAUCGAUUGAACAUUUACCAGCGGCUGCUGGGCCAAGCCAAGUCCGCUUUCAUAUCCCAAGCAAGCCUAUGGAUCGAACACUUGGUAUUCGGGCUGCUUCAUCAUUUGAAGGAUACCAGGUCAAAAGCGAUUGCACUUGGAUUCCAGUUGGCCACAGAAGCCGGCCCAAAUCCUAUACUGUCGAAAAACAUCCGGGAUCUCUUCGACAGGCCAUUGGAGCACGACCGAAAGCUUGUAACAGAGGUUGGUGAGCGCAUGACUCGAAUGAUGGCGACAGUCGAUAGUGGUGAGCAUGUUCCUCAGAUUUGGAGCGUUAUUAUCCUUCUUCUCCGGAGCAAAAGAUGGAAUCUUGAGCAAUGGGAUCAUUUUAAGGAAUGGGUUCUCGUACUCCAAAAAUGCUUCAAUUGCAGCGAGCCAGUGAUCAAAGCGCAGGCUAUCGUUGGUUGGAAUCGAUUUGUCUUUGCUCUGAGCCCCAACGAAUCGACGAGCCCAUAUAUCCUAAAAAUGCUGGGCAAACCGGUGCUCUCUCAAUUUGACCGCAGGAAGACCGACAAGUCAGGAGCACCGCCCACUCAACUUGCUCUGACCAGCUACUACAAUCUGCUAUACUACACUUUCCGUCCUUCAGCCUCAUAUCAGCACCUCGAUAUUAUAUGGGAGGAAUACGUGGUCACUCCGUCUUCAAGCAUUUUCUCAUCAGUCCCGGCUCUCAGCGACUGUCUUGCGCGCAUAUUGACAAACCUGUUGUGGAGUACGCAGGCUAAGAUAUGGUUAGAGAAUCGAAUCAAUGACACUACCAAAAUGGAAGCCGAGGAACUUCCUGCAGCCGACAGCAGAUGGGUUCGAUCAAGAAUUACCUCAAUUCUGAAGGUUUUUGAGCAUAUGUUCAAAGCCUCAGUUUGGAUCGACGACGCAGUUGGCCAAUCCCACGUGGCAUUGGCCUGGAACAGUCUGACCAGUGCUCUAUCGCUUGCGUCCAGCAAAGAGAUCACCCCUUCGGGGGAAUCGAUGCAAGCUGUUGCUAGCGUUUGGAGCCUACUCCACCGCCUUUGGACUGCAGGGCCGCCCUCGUUGAAUGCCGACACCACAGAUAUUUUCUUCGAAAGGUUCAGAUUCUUGUCUACAACAAUGAUUGUUUCGAUUGGGAGCAUUCCGUUUACCGAAAAGCUUCUCUUGAGAAACGCGGAUGGAACCGACAACGUUUCCACAAGUUCACAUCCGAGUACAACCCAAGAAAGUGCUAUUCUUCAUCUCCUUCGAAUAACCAGCAGCACCACAGGGACAAUAGCGCCGAGCGAAUCUUACACACACCUUGUCUUAGGUAACAUUGAAGCAGCAUGCAACGGGAGAUUCUCCCGAGGAUCUCGCCUCGAACUUCUCCAACAGUGUGCAGAAUUGAGCACUACGAAGACCAGUGCUAUUCCCCGUGCGCCUCAGCUGUCGGAGGUAGUUUGGAAUGCCACUGCCCAGGCGGCCGCAGAUGCUUUGCAGUCGUUCCCUAUGGAAUCCGCUCGUGGGCGCGACGGCUCUGUAUCCCGUGACUACGAAAAUGUUAUCAAGAUCCUCUCGUUCGGACUUUCGUUUCCGUCAGCCUUUCAAGACUGGUCUCAUUUGCUUGAAACCUUUGUUCGCGUGGUUCGAACAGAGAAAGGGAACCAAGCGGUUGCCACUAUGAUUGUGGAGCCAAUGGCCGAACGCCUCAUGCAUCUUUCCGCUGGAGAUACCUACUUACCCUCAACUUCACUGCUUGGCCAUUCCUUGUCUAUCCCUUUCAUGCAAGGAACCGGGCUAGGAAUUGAUCGCAGCGGCAUCCAGGCAGCUGGUCAUGCCAUCUUUCCUCAUAAACUUCUCGCGUCAAUUGCCCAAACCUUACAUGAUGCAUACCACAAUUUCAACGCAUCACAAUCCCACGGUCUUGCCGACUUUAUCGAGGCAUUGACUUCCUUUCUAGGGACCGGUGUUCCGCAAUUCCAAUGCCAAAUUCUUCAAUGUCUCCAGUCAUCACUUGAUCUUUGGUUGAAGGACGAAUUUUGCAAAAUCCAUGUUGACCGCGGCGUUGACAGCAGAAUCCUGACAGCGUGCCGUGCGCUCUCGUCAGCUACUGUCAAUAUUCUGCAAAAAUCAGUUUCCCAUGAUCUACCUUCUUUGAAUAACUUUGAGCCUAUUCUUUGCGCCGGUUUGGAGUCUUCGCACAUGUCAACAGUCAAGAAAUAUGUCGAACUUUGGGGCUUGACCUUUGGUUCACAGUCUCUUGUCACCCCUGUCACCAUUUUGCAAGCUGUACAAACUGCCGGGUCCAGAGUCCAGACCGCAACCUUGCCUCCGCAAGACGGGGAUCAGGAUACCGAGAUGUUACCUCCGCCCCCUCCGCAAGACAAAAUGGAUCGGUCAUUGCAUCAGCCGUCUCAGGACACUCAACUUUCGUCCCCUGUCAUACGGACCGAGGACUCCUCCGUUGUCCUCAAGCCAAUUGAACAGUUCCAUGAACCCCAGUUGCCGAGUAACCUUCAUCAGCCCACGGAUGCGCAAAUUGUUGAUGGCAUCUCAGUGUCUCACAAGCGUAAAGGCCAUCGUGAAAUGUUUUCGAUGAUCGAAUCCAUUCAAUCCUCGUCACCAGCUAGUACUCCACGGAAAUUGGGCUUCAAUACUCCCCCGCAUCUGCGAAAACUACAUGGAGAAUCACAGACCGAACUUCUUCUAACGCCCACUCUCGCCCCUACUGAGAAUGAAGAAGGAUUCAUCGGCUCGUCUCCUACGCCUGGGACCAGAGACCCGACACCUGCCAUGAACUCCGACGCACUCACAUCGAGCCACCUGCCUGCGGAUUUGAGUAUAGACCCUCCAUCAUCUCCCCCCGAGAUGCAAUCUCGGAGCCCAAGCCCUAGGAAGGGUCGCUCGAAAAGCGCACGGCGCAGAGCUGCAAAAGCAAGAAAGGCUCUUGUUGGUAUUACCGGCAAACAGUCAACAGUCAACAGCCCGGCUACUUCCCGUCUUGCGACGGAGAACAUAGACACACCUAUGGGUGAUGCCCAUGACUAUGAUAAUGAAAACGCCGACGCUACACCUCGAGCAAACGGAAUGACUCCCAACCGGCGACUUCGAUCUGCACUGGGUAAAGACUCAGAUACAGCAGAGCCUUCUCCGGUGCCACUGGUUGACUCUGAUAAGACACCUGUCCAACAACCUUCUCGCAGAAGUAAACCAAGCUCGAGCUCCAAGAAGAAACGGAAGCAAUCUCAGUCUAAGCCUGCAGACGAUCAACCCCAGCAAGCCACAGACGUGCCUCCUGAUAUCCUUCCGGAUAGUUUCAUGGACUCGAGUGAGGAGACAGAGACACAAAUCGCAUCGCAGCUUGGACAGGACUUGGAACUAGCAGUGGAUAUGGACGAUAGGGAUCAUUUAGAGCGAGCAAAACUUCCGGAUGGGCCAUCCAUGAAGAAGAGAAAGCGGGAUCAAGAAGAAUCUUCAUCUGUGAGAACUGACAGGCGCCGGUCGACGCGGUUGUCUACGGUUAAAGACGUGGUCAAUGCUGAGUCAUUGCAGCCUGAUGGUUCGCAUUCCCGCCAUGCCAUUCCUCAGGCGGUCUCUCCGGCUACAUCAUUGUCGCCAACUGUGACUCGCCGAUCCACCCGCAAUUCACAACGAAAAGAUGGUGAUAAUAUUGCUACGGAUUCAGUCCCUGCAACUCAAGGCUUUGUCGCACAGGAAUCAACACAAGAUGCCGAGACCCCGCGGCCGUCCAAAAGGUCUCGCAAGUCCAUUCGUCUUGAGGACCAGUCCGUUUCUACCGCCAUCGAUAGCACUCCCCAAAGCGCCCCUCCAGAUACCCGCUCCCGCAAAACACGGUCUCAGAAACAUGCAUCUGAGGCGUCUCAACCUCAACCUUCAAGCAUUCCAUCGGAGGAACAUGGCGAUACUGAACACUUACCACCUCAUGUCGACCUGGACAUGGUUCCCGAGAGCCUCAUUACAGAAGACCAACCGAGGCAGAACACCCCUCUUGUUUCUACCGAAGAGGCAACUGCCACUCAAGUCUCUGAAAUGGAGCAGGCCAUUGAGCCUGUAGCAAAACCAGACAUCGAGAUGGACAUCGACAUGGAUGCAGUACAGCAAUCCGGUGAAAUAGUCGAGCAAACUGCAAGUGUUACCACCACGGGUACCCAAACCCAAGACACACCUCCCGAACCCAAAUCCGACAUCAGCGAACAACGCAUCCCCCAAUCCCUGAUGAAUAUCUUGGGUGAAAUGGAAAUAACAACUUUGUCUCCGAGUGCUUUCCGCAAGGUCGAUGAUAUUCUCUUCAAAAUCCGCUGCGCAGCACACAAUGCAUACGAGCGACACAAUACUUCAGCAUAG